UGGAGUGGACCUACCCAAAACCAAGCUAAGACCAUUCUCGUGGUUCUUCAGAUUUCAUCAACCAAAAUUCGAGGCAAAUCGGUUAAGGUUAAUAAGAAACUGUUAGUAUGGAGGGAAAUUACCACGAGGAUGGUUCCCCUCAGCCCAAAAAACACAAACACACCAAAGAUCCACAAAGAUAUCCAUGUGAUGAAUGUGACUAUACGUCAUCCAACAAGACGGAUCUCAAAAGACACAUGAACAGUGAACACAUAGGAAUUACAUAUUCAUGUGAUAAAUGUGACUUUGUUGGGACAUCGUUAUCAGGUUUGCGAGGACAUAAGACAAGGGUGCAUAUAUUAACCAAAUAUGAAUACUAUAAUCCAUUGAACACGGGAUCUAGUCAGAUAAACCAACAACCAGAAACAAUUAUAAAGAAUAAAGGUAGGGAAGGAGGGAGUAAGUUUGGGGGAGAAAUUCCAAGUAGAGGCGGAGGUAAUGCUAGCAGUGGCGGAGGUAAUGCUAGCAGUGGUAGAGGCAUGGCUAGCAGUGGCGUAACUUUUCCUAGCGGAGGCGGAAAAGGCAUUAAAUGUCCUGGAGUUGCAGCCGGAAGUGGCGGAAUUCCUAGCCGUGAAGGAACGUCUCAACCCAAAGGCCAGCCCAGACUUUUUGUUGUUCCAGUUCAAUCCCGAAUGAGGAAGAAACGGUGCGCUGUGCCCGGGUGUGGCGACUAUUCUGGAACUAUGCACCGGUUUCCCAAGAAGCCUCAGAGGAUGGAAGAAUGGCUUCAGGCCAUUGGUCUGACCAAGCUACCGUAUACAGACGCCAGGAUUUGUGAAAACCAUUUCACUCUUGAUAGUUACAAGCGGAAUUUGAAAGCGGAGUUAAUGGAAGGCCAGCCAAGUAAGAGGACCCUGUUAGAUGUAGCUGUGCCCAGCCUUCACCUGAGCCAGCUAGAGGAGGAGGAUCUAAUGGAUGAUGUGGAUAAACCCAGCUUCACCAGGGAGUAUGAAGCAUUGGUCUCAGGUUUCCUCAAGAAACAUACUGAUCAUCUUCAAGGAGAUAAAGCUCAAGAGGAACCUGGAAAGAUCUCAGAACUUGUCAAGUGUGAACAUGAUUUUAAUCAUGCUGAAUCCGAUCUUGAUCAUGUCAAAGCUGAAUCGGAUCUUGAUCAUGUCAACUGUGAACCUGAUCUUUAUAAUGUAAAAGCUGAAUUUGAUCUUGAUCAAGUAAAAACUGAAAUAGAUCAAGAUGAAGUUUCCAACAAUGAUCCUCUUUCCGGUUAUUAAACAUUUUUAACUUCAAAACAUCAGACUUUUUUUUGUAAAUAUUAUUUUUAAAUUAAAAAUACUCCUUUGAUCCAAAGACUUCUGAAUAAAAACUUAUUGAAAUAAUCAAAAUUUACAAUGAGCUAAAAACUUAUAAAUUUAAAGAAAUUACUAAAACAAAAUUAAAUUUUCUUAUCUUGCUAAACUUUUCAUAUCUUUUACGCAGCCAUAAUAAUAAGGAAAUGAAAAACUAAUAUUUAUCAGAUGCGGCCAGAAAAAUAAAAUGUCUAUUCACUCCUGUGAAUUUUUGCUGCAAUGAAGAAUUUAUUUUUUCUUUUUGUUUUGUCAUGUAUGGUGUUACAAUUAACAACGUUACAAUUGCAUGUUUUAACGUUACAUCAUACAUGUUACAAUGUUACAUGGCACAUGUUACAUAUUAAAUAAAACAUUUUACAUAUGUUCAAUAUUACAAAUUACGGUGAUUUAUGUUACUAAGUUACUUUUAUCUAUGUUCUUGUUAGUGUUGCGCAAAACACAGGUUUUUAUACAGGGUUACCCACAAAAGAGGAGACUUUAGAGACGAUUGUACGGAAUUUAUACGGUCUGUUUACUCAUAUUCAUGAUUCCCUGCAACUUAAAACAUUGAAAUCAUUGAAUAAGCCAUAAAAAGAUUAUAUUCAAUGUGGAAUAUUUAAUUAAACCCCGUAAUUGUCGAAUUUAAACAGAUUUACGUCAUCUUUACCUUUACCUUUGUGGGUAACCCUGUAUAUACUGACUGUUCUAGAUAUUACAUGUAUCACAGUUUUUUCAUUUCAAAUCUUUCAGAA